AUGGCGGAACAAGUGUUUUAUGGUGAACUAGCGAUAUUAGGUCUUAAUGGUGCUUUGGCUGAGUCUGGAAAUACUGCACGACACACAUCUAAAAUAUCUUUGUUCAAACGUCGUGAAGCAAAUGGAGUUCGACCUGGACCCGUGAACAAGGUUCCUAAAGCUAGAAACUCAGUCGCAGUGACAAAUCGGAAUACACCUGCCAUCUCGUUUACUUUAUCGAGGAAUGUUACAGUAGUUGUAGAAUAUGUGCCUGAUCCUAAAGUGGAUAUGUUUCAGAUUGGUCGAAGUACUGAUAAUCACAUAGAUUUUGUUGUAUCCGAACCAAAACCGUCAGUUAGUCAAAAUGAUCAGCAGCACGUCAAUCAUAAUAUUAAUAAUAACAAUAAUAAUAAACAGUGUAAAGAUAAUUCAAAAGAUCCCAGUCGCGGUAAUUAUGAAAGUGCAGUUUCACGUUUCGCUUGUCGUAUUCAUAUUGAUCGUGAUCCACCUUACACUGCUCGUUUAUAUGCAGCUGGAUUCGAUGCAUCAAAUAAUAUUUUUUAG